AUGCUAUCAGUUGUCGUCUUCGGCUACUAUGCCUGGGUCGACAAGCUCGGUGCCUCCAAGUUUCCACUCGUGGGCAGUGAGAUUGGCCCCGAAUACAAAAGAAGGCAGCAUUUUAUGACACAUGCCUGGGACUUGUUCCGCGCCGGGUCUCGCAUGUUUCCAGACAAGACCUGGCGGGUCACGUCUGAUUCUGGCGAGCUCAUCGUCGUCCCGCAUAAGUUCGCCGAUGAGCUUCGCCAGAAUGAGGAAGUCUUUGACCGCACACCGUCAAUCGAAAACCUGUUAGAAACCAGAUACACUGGCGUGAGCGUCACGUCGCCGCUUUUGACGCACAUUGUGAAGGCUGACCUGACCCGCAAUCUGGGGCGUAUCAAUCAGAAGCUGUCGGCCGAGGUGCAACGCACAAUCACGGCCGAACUGCCUGAUACCGGUGUUUGGACGCCGGUCAACAUCAUCGACGUUCUGCAGCGGGUUGUGGCCAUUGUGUCGGGUUUCGUCUUCAUGGGUCCCGAGCUCUGCCGCGAUGAGGGCUACAUACACUCGGCCAUCAACUUCACAAUGGACGUAGGCAACGCUUCGCUGGCCCUUAAGCGCUGGCCCGUUACCCUGCGGCCCUUUAUGCAAUACAAGAUCCCGGAACUUAGGACGCUGCGGGAACACAAGCGCCGCGCUAUCGAAUUCCUGCGCCCCAUUGUCCGCGAGCGCAAGAGACUGCGAGACCUGGCAAGGUCCGGUGACAAAGACGCCCAGCUCCGGUUGCCUGAUGACGUCCUUCAGUGGGCGAUCAACAAAGCGGACGAGUUCGGUAUGGACAACGACGAGGAACUCGCCUUUCUGCAGCUCGAACUGUCGCUCGGCGCCAUCCACACCACCACCAACACAGCGGCACACAUCAUAUACGAUCUAGUCGGCCACUGCCCCGAGGUUAUCCCCGAGCUGCGCGACGAAAUCCGUCAGCAAACUGACGCGCAGAUGGGCGUGACAAUGUCGGUGCAAGGACUGUACCAGAUGAAGCUACUAGACAGCGUGAUGCGCGAGUCCCAGCGUAUGUCUCCCGGCGUGCCGCACCGCUUCAUCCGCCGCAUGAAGAGGAACUUCGUCCUUUCCGAUGGCACGAAGCUACCCAAGCACGCUAUGGUGGCCGUCAACGUGCUCGACACGUUUACGAAACAGGCCUACGUCGGACCUGACCCGGAGCACUACAACCCGUACCGCUUCGUGGACUGGCGGAUGAAUCGUCAGCCGGACCCUCUGGGCAUGGAGAGCGGCAAGGAGGCCGCAUAUCAAUUCGUCAGUGUCACGCGAGAGAACAUGUGGUUCGGCUGGGGGAAGCAUGCUUGCCCUGGCCGAUUCUUUGCCGCCAAUGAGAUCAAGUUGAUUCUGGCUUCUUUGUUGCUUGAUUACGACAUGAAGAUGCCCGAUGAUUCCGGUGUCAAAGGUCGCUAUCCAAACUUAGAGAUGGGCCAGAUGAGCUUUCCUGAUCCUACCAAAAGCAUUAUGGUGAGGCGGGUCAAGAAAUAG